AACACCUUCUCUCCAACUUCCGUUCUCGUUGCCAACAAUUCAGUUGUGAUAGCAAAACAAAGAGAUUAUACUCCCUCGCAUGUAGAAUAUCAGAUGAAGUUAGCAUUGAAGAAUAUUUCUGCAUCAAGUGUAUUCAUCAAUAUUUAGACUAAAUUUAAAGGAAGAUGUUAUACUGAAGACUUACAACUCGGUUUAUAUAAAUUUAUCACAAAGUUACUAUGAAACACUUCUUCUGGAUUACAAGAUGGCAUUGACAUUACAGAAUAUUUUUGCAUCAGUUACAUCACAAAUAUUUAUCGCAUUUUAGAGUGUAAAGGAAAAUAUUCUACCUAAGAACUGAGGAAUAGUUCUGAGUGAAACAUUUCUCUCCUUCAUUGCUUGGAAUCCGUACAAGAUGAUUUUGUGUACCAAUUAAAUGUUGAGACAUUUACAAAGGGAUUUGCAAUCCUUUUCUGAUAAUGAUAAAAGUUGAUGGAAAUAUUACUGUUGAAAUGUUUUGAUCAACAUAGGAAUAAAUAAAAAGAAAAGGAGAAAAAUAUCCAUAUAUUAUUGUGAGAAAAGAUAUAUAUAUAUAUAUAUAUAUAGAAGAGUGAAUUGUGUGAGAAACUUUAAAACAAGUGGGUUUUUUUCCUGAAGAAUUGCCUAAGGAGAUGGGAAAACAAUCCUACCACUGUGAUAUCUGCAAGAAGUCAUUCUCUGUGGAAAGUAGCCUUGUUACUCAUAAAUGUAUUCGUACAAGAGAGAAGCCAUCUGAUUGUGAUAUCUGUGGUAAAUUUUUCACUACAAGAAGUAACUUAACUACUCACAAACACCUUCAUACAAGAAAAAAAAAAUAUCACUGUGAUAUCUGUGGUAAAUUAUUCUUUCAAGCAAGUGACUUAACUAAACACAGACACGUUCACACAAGAGAGAAGCCAUAUUGCUGUAAUAUUUGUGGUAAAGCAUUCUCUCGAAUAGAUGGCCUAUCUGUUCACAAACGUAUCCAUACAGGAGAGAAGCCUUAUCGCUGUGAUAUCUGUGGUAAAUCGUUCACGGUAAUGAGCCAUGUAACUACUCACAGACGUAUUCAUACAGGAGAGAAACCUUAUCACUGUGAUAUUUGUGGCAAAUCUUUCUCUGCUAAAAAUGCCUUAACUCGACACAAACGUAUACACACAGGAGAGAAACCAUAUCAGUGUGAUAUUUGUGGUAAAUCAUUCUCUACAGUGAGCCAUAUAAAUUCUCACAGCCGUGUUCAUACAGGAGAGAAGCCCUAUCACUGUGAUAUUUGUGGCAAAUCUUUCUCCCAUACAAAUGCCUUAACUCGACACAAACAUAUACAUACAGGAGAGAAACCAUAUCAGUGUGAUAUUUGUGGUAAAUCAUUCUAUCAAAAUAGUGAUGUAACUAAACACAGAAGUAUUCACACAGGAGAGAAACCAUAUCACUGUGACAUCUGUGGUAAAUCUUUCUCUCGAAAAGUUAACUUAACUAGACACAAACACAUUCAUACAGGGAAGAAAUCGGAUUCCUGUGAUAUCUGUGGUAAAUUUCUCUCUAAUGCAAGUGCUUUAACAAUACAUAGAUAUGUCCAUACUGGAGAAAAACGCUAUCAAUGUGAUAUCUGUGGUAAAUCAUUCUCUCAAUGUAGUAUCUUAACUGCACACAAACGUGUUCAUACUGGAGAGAAACCAUAUCACUGUGACAUCUGUGGUAAAUCAUUCUCUCAAUGUAGUAAUUUAACUUAUCACAAACGUAUUCACACAGGAGAGAAGCCAUUUCUCUGUGAUGUCUGUGGUAAAUCAUUCUCUCAUAGAAAUGCCUUAAGUACUCACAAACAUAUUCAUACAGGAGAGAAACCGUAUCACUGUGAUAUUUGUGGUAGGUCAUUCUCUUGUAGAAAUAGCUUAACUGUUCAUGAACGUAUUCAUACAGGGGAGAAGCCAUAUCGCUGUAAUGUCUGUGACAAAUCUUUCUCUGACAGAGCUGCCUUUACUAGACACAAACGUAUACAUACAAGAGAGAAACCAUAUUGCUGUGAUAUUUGUGGUAAAUCAUUCUCUCAAAGUGGUCAAUUUACUAAUCAUAAGCAUGUUCAUACAGGAGAGAAACCAUAUCACUGUGGAAUCUGUAGUAAAUCAUUCUCUCAGACAAAUAGGUUAUCUACUCACAAAUGUAUCCAUACUGGAACAAAACCAAGUGACUGAUUAUGUUGUUAAGCAUUCUUACAUAGAAGUAAGGAACAUGUGGGUUGUGGUAAAUACAUUGCAACAAGUGUACUACUUACUUUUUUGUUGAUUAAAUUAUUUUGUUUUUCUCA